UGUGUGGAGUGCCAUGAGAUUCAAGCGGUGAGUGCUCUGUUGGUUUACUUCGAGGAUUUUGCGCAGAAUUAUAACUAAUUAACAAAUAAUUAUAGGCCUAUAUGGUAACCGCGGGAAAAAGAACUGCACGUGGUUGUGGAUGUAACUGUUGCACUUUAAAUACAGACAUGAACCACUGAACUGAGACAGACAAAGGACUGCAAUAAGCUCACGUGACGAGCUCUAUUCUCCCACCACCAAAAGAUCUCCACCAUGACACCCAAAUGGCUGGUGGUAUUUGUCCUUUUUCUACACUCUGGGACUACCAAUACAUUCCCCAUGGCCCCGACCAAGCUCCCCCCUGAGACAGGCACCUACAGGGUCACAGACACCAGCCUGACUCAUCUCACAGUGCACAGCCGGACGGGAGAGGUCUAUGUGGGAGCAGUGAACCGCGUCUUCAAGCUGUCUGCCAACCUAACAGAGCUGCGUUCACACAUGACUGGCCCCGUGGAUGACAACGCCAAAUGUUACCCCCCUCCCAGCGUCCGAGCCUGUGCACACAAACUGGAGUCCUCUGACAACGUCAACAAGUUGCUGCUGGUUGACUACGCUGGCAACCGCCUGGUAGCAUGUGGAAGCAUCUGGCAGGGUGUGUGUCAGUUCCUGCGACUGGAGGACCUCUUCAAGCUGGGAGAGCCCCAUCACCGCAAGGAGCACUACCUCUCUGGAGCCAGGGAGGCUGACGGCAUGGCAGGAGUGGUGGUUGACAGUACAGAAGGGAAGUGGAAGAAUGAGAAGAAGGGGGGCAGCCGGCUGUUCAUUGGGGCAGCCAUAGAUGGCAAGUCAGAGUAUUUCCCUACCCUGUCCAGCCGUAAACUGGUCACUGAUGAAGAGAGUGUUAACAUGUUCAGUCUGGUCUACCAGGACGAGUUUGUGUCAUCACAAAUCAAGAUACCCUCCGAUACCCUGUCCCUCUACCCGGCGUUUGACAUCUACUACGUGUAUGGAUUCUCCAGCCGUACCUACAUCUAUUUCCUGACGUUGCAGCUGGACACACAGCUCACCCAGAUGGAUGCCACCGGUGAAAAGUUCUUCACCUCCAAGAUAGUGCGGAUGUGUUCCAACGACACCGAGUUCUAUUCUUACGUGGAGUUCCCCCUGGGCUGCACCAAGGAUGGGGUGGAGUACCGGCUGGUUCAGUCCGCCUACAAGCACCGUCCAGGUCGGAUGCUGGCCCAGGCCUUGGGGCUGUCUGAGGACGAGGAUGUGCUGUUUGUCGUGUUCUCCCAGGGCCAGAAGAACCGGGCCAACCCGCCUCGGGAAACAGUCCUGUGUCUCUUUACCCUGCAUCAGAUCAACCUGGCUAUGAGGGAGAGGAUCAAGUCAUGUUACCGUGGGGAGGGCAAGCUGUCCCUGCCCUGGCUGCUCAACAAGGAGCUCCCCUGCAUCAACACGCCAAAGCAGAUUGGUGAUGACUUCUGUGGGCUGGUGUUGAACCAACCUCUUGGGGGUCUGCGGGUGAUAGAAGGGACCCCUCUCUAUGACGACGGCGUGGACGGUAUGGGAGCGGUAACAGCCUACACCUAUGGAGAUCACUCAGUGGUGUUUGUGGGAACCCGAAGUGGACGCCUCAAAAAGAUCCGAGUAGAUGGCAUACCUCCCCCGUCCCAGAGUGCUUUGCUGUAUGAGACUGUUACAGUGGAUGAAGGGAAACCUAUUCUGCGUGACAUGGUCUUCAGCCCUGACUACCAAUACAUCUACAUGCUAAGUGACAAACAGGUGAGCCGGUUACCUGUGGAGAGCUGUGGCCAGUACACCACCUGUAAAACCUGUCUGGGCUCUGGAGACCCCCACUGUGGAUGGUGUGUACUUCACAACAAGUGUUCCAGACAGGAGGCCUGUGAGAAGUGGGCCGAGCCGCAGCAUUUCAACACAGAGCUAGAUCACUGUGUGGACAUUAGUGUCACACCUAACAACAUAUCUGUGACCUCUACGUCCACUCAGCUGAGUGUGAGAGUGAUCAACGUGCCCAGCCUGUCAGCCGGGGUGACAUGUGUGUUUGAGGAGCUGACAGAGAGCCCAGGGGAGGUACUGGCCAAGGGGCAGGUCCUCUGUAUGUCCCCCUCCCUCAGAGAUGUCCCCUCCCUCACACAGGGAUACGGGGACAAGAGAGUGCUAAAGCUUUCCCUGAAGUCCAAGGAGACAGGGCACAAAUUCAUCACCACUGACUUCAUCUACUACAACUGCAGCGUGCUCCAGUCGUGCACCUCAUGCGUGAGCAGCCCCUUCCCCUGCAACUGGUGUAAAUACCGCCACAUCUGCACCAACAACCUGGCAGAGUGCUCCUUCCAGGAGGGACGCGUCAGCAGCGUGGAGGGCUGUCCCCAGAUCCUGCCCACCAGUGACAUUCUGGUACCUGCAGGGAUCAUUCGUCCAAUCACGCUGCGAGCCCGGAACCUUCCUCAGCCCCAGUCUGGACAGAAGAACUAUGAGUGUGUGUUCAACAUCCAGGGCAAGAUGCAACGCAUCCCAGCUGUACGCUUCAACAGCUCCUGUAUCCAGUGCCAGAACACCUCUUACUGGUAUGAUGGGGACGAGACGGGAGACCUGCCUGUUGACUUCUCUAUCGUCUGGGAUGGAGACUUCUUCAUCGACAAGCCUCCCACCAUGAGAGCCCUGCUAUAUAAGUGCGAGGCCCAGAGGGACAGCUGUGGCCUAUGUCUGAAGGCCAGCACAGCGUUUGAGUGUGGCUGGUGCCUGGACAACAAGAAGUGUCUCCUGAGGCAGCACUGCCAGACGCCGGAACAGAACUGGAUGUACCAUGGCAGGCACAACGUCCGCUGCAGCCACCCCCGCAUCACCAAGAUCCGCCCGCUGACAGGGCCCAAAGAGGGGGGCACGCGAGUGACAAUCGAGGGCGAGAAUCUUGGGCUGCAGGUGCGUGAGAUUGCCCACGUUCAGGUGGCUGGGGUUCGCUGUAACCCUGUGCCCUCCGAGUACAUCAGCGCUGAGAGGAUUGUGUGUGACAUGGCCGAAGCACUGCUGCCCCACUCUCCAGGCGGUCCGGUGGAGCUGUGUAUCGGGGUGUGCAGUGCAGAGUACCGCACCCAAUCCUCCCAGACUUACUCCUUCGUGACCCCCAGCUUCAACCAUGUGCGCCCGGAGAAGGGCCCCGUGUCCGGGGGGACCCGGCUGACAAUAUCAGGCCAUCAUCUGGACGCUGGUAGCACCGUCACUGUGUUCAUCGCCCAGGAGGAGUGUCUGUUUGUUAAGAGGACCAACAGGGACAUUGUGUGUGUGACACCGUCGUCCCUGUCUGGCUCAGGGCCUGCGUCAAUCAAAUUGUUAAUCGACAAAGCUGAGGUCACCAGCAGUGACACACACUACAUCUACACAGAGGACCCCACCAUCUCCAGCAUCGAGCCCAACUGGAGUAUAGUGAAUGGUAGCACCUUGAUCACCGUCACAGGUACCAACCUGCUCACCAUCCAGGAGCCCAAAGUCCGUGCCAAGUAUGCAGGAAUACAGACUACUAAUGUGUGCACUGUGGUGAAUGACUCUGUGAUGACCUGUCUGGCCCCGGGUAUCAUUUACACCAAGCACCAAGCCCCAGAGUCAGGCCUGCACCCCGACGAGUACGGCUUCAUCCUGGAUCACGUGGCUGCGCUGCUCGUCCUCAACGGGACACCUUUCACCUACUACCCCAACCCCACCUUCGAAACACUAGGGAACUCUGGGAUAAUGGAGGUCAAGCCCGGCUCUCCCAUUAUCCUCAAAGGCAAGAAUUUGAUUCCCCCUGCUCCGGGCAACACCCGGCUGAACUACAGCGUGAUGAUUGGUGAAACGCCCUGUCUGUUAACUGUCUCGGAGUCUCAGCUGCUCUGUGAUUCGCCAGACCUGACCGGGGAGCAGAGAGUUGUGAUCGUGGUGGGUGGUUUGGAGUACUCCCCAGGAACACUACACAUCUACUCCGACAGCACCCUUACCUUACCGGCCAUCAUCGGGAUCGGAGCGGGAGGAGGGGUGCUUCUCAUCGCCAUCAUCGCCGUGCUCAUCGCCUACAAGAGGAAGACCCGGGAUGCUGACCGCACCCUGAAACGCUUGCAGCUGCAGAUGGACAACCUGGAGUCCAGAGUGGCCCUGGAGUGUAAAGAAGCAUUCGCUGAGCUACAGACAGACAUCCAGGAGCUGACCAAUGACAUGGACGGAGUGAAGAUCCCCUUCCUGGAGUACCGCACCUACACCAUGAGAGUCAUGUUCCCCGGCAUCGAGGAGCACCCCGUCCUCAAGGAGCUGGAUUCCCCGGCCAAUGUGGAGAAAGCCCUGCGUCUGUUCAGCCAGCUGCUGCACAGUAAGAUGUUUCUGCUGACCUUCAUCCAUACCCUGGAGGCCCAGAGGUCCUUCUCCAUGCGGGACCGAGGAAAUGUGGCCUCUCUGCUCAUGGCCGCUCUGCAGGGCCGCAUGGAGUACGCCACCAUGGUACUUAAACAGUUGCUGGCUGACCUCAUAGAGAAGAACCUGGAGAACCGCAACCAUCCUAAACUGCUGCUCCGACGGACGGAGUCGGUGGCUGAGAAGAUGCUCACCAACUGGUUUACGUUCCUGCUGCAUCGCUUCCUCAAGGAGUGUGCUGGGGAGCCUCUGUUCAUGCUGUUCUGUGCCAUCAAGCAGCAGAUGGAGAAGGGGCCUAUAGACGCCAUCACAGGAGAGGCGCGCUACUCCCUCAGUGAGGACAAGCUCAUCCGCCAGCAGAUUGACUACAAACAGCUGACUCUGAUGUGUAUCCCUCCGGAGGGAGAGGCAGGCACGGAGGUCCCGGUGAAGGUGCUGAACUGUGACACGGUCACUCAGGUGAAGGACAAGCUGCUGGACGCUGUGUACAAGGGCAUCUCCUACUCCCAGAGACCCCAGGCUGAUGAUAUGGACCUUGAGUGGCGACAAGGAAGACUGACUAGAAUUAUCCUUCAAGAUGAGGACGUCACCACAAAGAUUGAGAGUGACUGGAAGAGGCUCAACACCCUGGCCCACUACCAGGUGGCAGAUGGGUCUUUGGUAGCCCUGGUCCAGAAGCAGGUCUCUGCCUAUAACAUCGCCAACUCUUUUACAUUCACCCGCUCUCUGAGCCGUUAUGAGAGUCUCCUGAGGACGUCCAGCAGCCCAGACAGCCUGCGCUCCCGGGCCCCCAUGAUCACCCCUGACCAGGAGACUGGCACCAAGCUUUGGCACCUGGUCAAGAAUCACGAGCAUGCUGACCAACGGGAGGGCGACCGCGGCAGCAAGAUGGUGUCUGAGAUCUAUCUCACCCGCCUACUGGCCACCAAGGGAACUCUGCAGAAGUUUGUGGAUGACCUUUUUGAGACGGUGUUCAGCACGGCCCACCGCGGGAGUGCCCUCCCUCUGGCCAUCAAGUACAUGUUUGACUUCCUGGACGAGCAGGCCGAUAAGAGGCAGAUCACUGACCCUGAUGUCCGCCACACCUGGAAGAGCAACUGUCUGCCUCUGCGGUUCUGGGUAAACGUGAUCAAGAACCCCCAGUUUGUGUUUGACAUCCAUAAGAGCAGCAUCACAGACGCCUGUCUGUCUGUGGUGGCCCAGACCUUCAUGGACUCCUGCUCCACCUCCGAACACCGUCUGGGCAAGGACUCUCCCUCCAACAAGCUGCUGUACGCUAAAGACAUCCCCAACUACAAGAGCUGGGUGGAGAGGUACUACAGAGAUAUCAGUAAGAUGCCUACCAUCAGUGACCAGGACAUGGAGGCCUAUCUGGUGGAGCAGUCUCGUCUCCAUGGCACCGAGUUCAACACUCUCAGUGCUCUCAGUGAGCUCUACUUCUACAUCAACAAGUACAAAGAGGAGAUUUUGACCGCACUAGACAGGGAUGGGUACUGCCGCAAACACAAGCUGCGACACAAACUGGAACAAGCCAUUAACCUGAUGUCGGGCAGCAGCUGA